GCGGUCCGGAGUCGGUCGGGCGCUCCCGCAGACGCACGGAGGCUCCUCACAGCAGCAUCACUUCUGCAGCGCAGGGUUCAACUCUCAGGUGCUUUCCUCUGCCGCUGUUUAUUUAAAAAGAAAAAGAACGGCCACUGUAAGUACUGGUUUGAUUUUGAGCAGAAACUAAGCGGCUCCAGGUCGACCAGUGGGAGAGGAGUUCAACAAACACACCCGAGAGAUUAACGGGAUUUGUACCUGCAGGAUGUGUGGUAUGGACGUGGACCUGGACGACGGCGGCUCGGGCGAGGAGGAGAAAGAGGAGGAGUUCUGGAUCGGGGAGGGGGUGAAGAUGCUGCCCCCUCCCGUGGCCCACAGCGAGGGCAGUGCGUGGGGCAGCCGCAGGGGCAGGUGCGGCUGCGUGGCCUGCGGGGCUGCUCUCGUCCUGUGGAACCUGUGUGUCAUCUUGGCUAGUGCUCUGCUCCUGGCCGUGGUCUUCUCCGUGGUACUGCUGCCCGCGAUGCUGCUGCUCUACGCCGGUUUCCUCUGCCACUCAAGGGUCCUUGACGCCCCCUCCUCCAUCUGCCGUUAUCUUGAUGACAACAGCUGCUCCGCCCUCAUCAUCCUGGGCUUUGUGAUGAUGUCGCCGCUCGUGGUCGUGGCAGCUGCAGUGUUCUGUGGGCUGCUCCGAAGGUUUCGACUCCUGCUCCUCAUUCAGCCGAUCACACGUGCCCGGUACCAAGGGGGGCUGCUGGACUGGGUGGGCAGCGUCCACGCCUGGGUCUAACCAAGGCGGACAGGAGAUGCUGAGGGUUCGACAUGACAGUCAGGACGGAUCAGAAAGUUAGAUCAGUGUGACAUCGACCAGAGAGGAACAGGGGGUAGCAAAAUUAUGAGGAGGACCUUAGUUGUAUAUUCCUUUGUUCUUAAAGUACAAGAUUAGUUUUUGUUUGCCAGAGACAAUGUCAAUUCAAAUAAAUGGUAGGUUGAUAAGGAAAAGUUUAAAAUAGUGGGAAAUACAUUUAUUUGAGUGGCGAGAGCCUACAACCUGCAGACAGUUAGCUUAGCUUAAAGACUAUAAAUAAGUGGAAACAGUAAGCCUGACUGUCCAUAGUUAAACAGUACUCCACUGGAGCCUGGCAAACGCAAACACUCCAUCUUUAUAUUUAGAUUUUUGUAGGGAUUAAACAAGAUAGCAUUUUCCCUUGUUUCCACUCUUUAUGCUAAGCUAAGCUAAUUACCUUUUGUCCAUAGUUUUAAUCUUGAGAGUGGUGUCGAAUAAAGUGAAUAAUUCUGUUUUCCUAUUACUUUCUUCAAAUUCUAAUUCUUCGUUGUGGUGUUGAACUGCGCAGUGAAAGGUGUCUCUUUUAUUUUGUCUACCCCCUGCAUGCUGCAAGAGUAAGAUUGUGCUUAAGUUCAUUGUAGCAAUUUCCACCUCUGUCUUAUUCGACUUUGAAGCAGAAACUGGCUAAUUUUCAGUGAUCACACAGAUUACGAAACCUAUUCAACAAUCAAAAUACAGUCCAGAAAGGAAAUAAAUCUUUACAGAAAGCAGAUUAUAAAUGAAGACUCAAAGAACUGUCAUUUUCUUUUGACAAAGGUUGUAGUAGUGAGUUUAUGAUGGCAGUAUUCAAUUAGGUUUUGUGUAUAAAGCUAAUAUGUUUGUGAUUUUGUAUUGCCUGUUUGCUAACUUUGUUGACAUAGUUACAUGUGGGAUAUUCCCUGAAAUAUAUAGCUGUGAAGUUAUUUGUGGUUGUACAUUAGAAGUCUAGCAAAGAGUCAAAACAUAAUUGCAAACAUCCUAUUUGUGAUCUUUUUUAAGCUUAACUUUGGUCUGGUGUGUUGAGCUCUGUUCCCUGGGGCCUUCAAAUGCUCUGAAAAACAAGGUGAAUAAUGUAAAAUGUUUGAUAAAAAAAGUAGCAUAUAAGGACUUUAAUAUUAUCUGUGAGGUGACUUAAAUGGGCAGCGAUGUUGUUGUACUCAAACAAGUUUAUCUGAUGUGGCAUCAUUAGUGGUCUUGUCAUGUGGGAGGGGGAGGGUGUGUGUGAAACAUAUUUCCAUUUAGUGGAUAUUUCAGAUCAUAUUGUGCCAUAAAAACACACUCGCCUUUUUAAAACCAACAGGAGUUGACAGAAUGACAAAGUAAUGGCUGUUUAGUGGGGGCCAGGUGUUAAAGAGGGAUUUAAAUCAUCAGACCAGGAGCUCAUCCUGCCACCUCUUUGCUUUCAGGUCAUUUAAAUUCAUCAGCAGCAAAUACACUGCACAUCCUUUUUAUCAGUGUGUCCCGGCUUUGUAAUUAAGUGUUCACAUUUGAGGUUUCAUUUCUCAGACGAAAGCCUUGAGUCGUAUUUUAUGAGCAGCAGUUAUUACGUGCCCUGCGCCAUUGUUAUCAUAUUGAAAUGUAUUUGUUUUUUAUUUAAAUGUAUUCAUUUGUGUGUUUUGUCUGUUUAUGUCCUGUAGUCCUGUUAUUUAUCCUCCACUGAUUGUGAAAUAUUUGUUUACAGUAAUGAACCCCUGCUGGUUCCAGUAUUUAAUAGAACUCGACAGGAAAAAACAAAGUUGAUUUCUUUUCAUUUCUGCCUGGUAAUAAAUAUAACACUAAAAGUAAUUUAUUGGAAAUAUCACAGCAGCUAAUCCUGGUCUAUUUUUUGUUCAGCUUUUCAUUUCAGUAUCACCAUGAAAACAGCUGUGGGUUGUCAGACUUUCCAUCAAUAAAAAGAGGACCUUUUAUUUUU